CCCGCCCCCGCCCCGCUCGGUCCCGCCGUGCCCUGGAGAUGCUCUCGGGGCUGCGCCGCCGCUUUUUCCCCCCGGAAGCGACCCACGGCGGCAGAUCCGACGGGCGGGGGCGCGGCCGCUCUUCUGCCUCUCCCGCGGCCAGCGGGGACCGCGGGCAGGGGAAGCGACAGGUGACGAAGCUUAUGGAAAAAAAGACCAAAGGCCUCGAGGCUCCCUCUUUUCCUUCGGUUGCCGUGGAUGUGCCGGACGCCUCUGGCAGGACUAACCCUGUGGCUUUAAGGUCCAGCGUGCUGUGCUGCGUGCCUGCAGGGGAAGACUUUCUGGCUCCCUCUUUUCCUUCGGUUGCCGUGGAUGUGCCGGACGCCUCUGGCAGGACUAACCCUGUGGCUUUAAGGUCCAGCAUGCCGUGUGCCUGCAGUAUCCUGUACAAGACAAAGCUGCCUUUCCUCGUGGGAAUGGACUGGCCGGGCUUUGGCAAUCUGGCCCCUCGAAAGACUAAAGUGACCUCUUCCAACAGGGGAAGACUUUCUGCCCCUCUGGGUGAGCCCCAGUGCCUGGCAGGAGCGGAGCGGGCUUCCAGGGAGGUGUUCACCUGGUCAGCGUCAGGAACCAUCCUACCUGAGGCCUCGGCGAGGGCUUUUUUUUUGUCCGACUGGACGGUGAAGCUGGAGCCGAAAAAGCGGAGGGGGAGCGGCAGUAAGAAAGCGAAGCCGGGCGGCGGGGUAGGCAAGGUGGGGACGCCGGCGCCUGCGCAGUCGUUGGCAAGACGCCGGCGAUCACGUGCCCGGAAGUCCGCCAAGCCCACAGUAAAGAUGGCGCCGCCAGGACCGGAACUUAGGCGAGACCACACUAAAGAUGGCGGCCCGGCCCGGAAGUUCGCCCCAGGCCACACUCAAGACGGCGCCGCCAGGACUGCAACUUAG